AGAAAAGCAGGAAAAUGCCUUUUAACGCCAUUGAAAUACACGGGCGUGGAAAGUGGGGAAAGGACAGUUGCUUUGUGACACCACCCCACUGGGUGGAUCCACUGUAGGGACCGUCCCACCGACCUAGGGACACAUGCAAGUGCCUGUGGAGUCACGGCUAGUAACUUUUUCCGUCUCUCCAGCUGAACCGGGUGCAGGUUUGGCUCAUGGAUGCAGGACCAAACAACACGCCCAGCAGGAGCCCGGUGUCGAACCACAGCCCACCCGGGACUUAGCGGGGAAGGAGAGGCUCGAAGGACAGUCAGACCAGACGCGGUGCAGCGCCUGGGUUCAGCUCUUACGUGGCUCCCAGCACCGGGGGGACGGAGACCAACCGCCCCUCUAUGUAAACCCCAGCCCAGUGGAAAACCCGGCUCCGCUCGGGACUGUGAGAUCCCGCCGAGUCGCAGCUGUUCCACUGGCUGCGCGGCCCGCCGGGUUUUGUCCCCGUGGCAGCACCGAGCCGCUGCCCUAACUUGGAGCGAGCCGAGCGGAGCCGGCAGGGGGACGGGCUUUGCCGGCGGCGAUUUUCACUUCUCUGGGAAGAGAGUAUUGAAACCGCAAAACUUCCCUUCCUGUGUGUCUUCACAGUUGCAUUUGGAAUCAUGGGCUUAGAAAACUGGCUGCUCCUGCCAGCCACCUAGAGUUCCAAGGUGCCCUGGUCUCUGUUACCCUGUCUUCGGAACCUUCCUUCUGACUGGACGUGGGGAACAGAAGGAUGGAGCACUGUGGAACCUUGUCAAAGAACCAGCCUGUUUAGGGAAGGGGCCAGUGAACUGCAGUCUGACCAUCAUAGCUGUGGCUGCUACCUGAGAAGAUUGGACACUGCACUAACUGGCUUAAUAGUCUGUUCCAAAGCAGGAGUUGUUCCUUGCACUGAACUGACUCCCUUCCUCUGUCUUUGUCCUGCCAGGACAAUGAAGCUGAACGAGCGAAGCGUGGCGCAUUAUGCCACAUGUGACUCUCCAGCAGAUCAUGCUGGCUUCCUCCACAAGCGUGUCGAGCGGCACCACCACCACCACCACCACCACCAUGCCACUUCCUACCACCGUCGCUGGUUCAUCCUCAAGGGCAACCUGCUGUUCUAUUUUGAAGAUCGUGAGAGCCGGGACCCCCUGGGGCUUGUUGUGCUGGAGGGCUGCACCGUGGAACUAUGUGAGGCUGCUGAGGAGUUUGCCUUUGCCAUCCGCUUCGAUGACGCUGGCGCCAAGGCCUAUGUGCUGGUGGCCGACUGCCAGGCCGCCAUGGAGGGAUGGGUGAAGGCGCUUUCACGAGCCAGCUUUGACUAUAUGCGUUUGGUGGUGAGAGAGCUGGAAAAGCAACUGGAGGAUGCCCGUAAGAGCUUGGCUGCCUGCCACAAAUCUCCAAGGAAGUCAUCAUCUGGCAGAAAAAGGCAUUUGUCCAAUCCUGCUAUGGCGCUCUUCCAGGAACAGCCUCCCAUCUUGGAGAAUGGUUACUCCACAUGGGGCAGUGGUUACAUCCCUGCAGGGGCCUCCUGUGCUGACCACGAUGGGGGGUGUUCCAAACCCCCGCCUCUGCCUCCUCGCCGGCGCUUGGCAGCUGGCAGUGGAUGCGGAGCACUCGCCACUGGCCUCUCUUUGACUGGGCAGGAAAGCCCCGUGUCUCCGGAGACAGCCUGUUUCUCUAAGCUACACAACUGGUAUGGUCAGGAGAUUGCGGAGAUAAGGAGGGAGUGGCUGGAGAGCCAGAGGAGUGGGGAACUGGGGAAGGCAAGGCAUGGAGUGACACCAAACCCAUUUUGACACUAUCGUUUCUGUAUUUGAUGACCUCUCUCCCAUCCAGGAGAAAAGCCAAAUAAGUGACAAUGUUUUCUCUCCUUCCUUUCUGGAAUCAUUGCAUGUUGGGUGGGUGAGUGAGUUUGGGAUCUAGGGGAGAGACAAAUCUUCCCAAGACCUCGUUUUCACCUUUGGGACCUCAGACAGUGUAUGUUCCCCUGAGGAAUAUUGUAGCAGGGCUGUAAAGUGUCAGGAACUGUAGAUUUUGAAUCUGGGAUGGAGAUUCCUCCAACCGUUCCUCCCCCAGUAAAUUCUUGACAGAGGUGAGGGGUGCAGGGAUCUGUGGGUCACUGCCCAUCUCAUUGCAUAUAUAGAAUUAGCAUAUCUACAAGUGUAUUUUAGGUGCUGUAGUAUUUAUGGUGGGUAAGGGGAUGCAGUGUGAGGUAGGGGCAUGGUGAUACUUGGGUGCGCACCACCUUUCACAAAAAAAUCCAAACCAAACCCUGCUAAACCCAUCAGUCAGACUUGCAGAGACCCCCACAAACUCAUAUUUCCCCCUCUCUGAAUGUGAGCUUGGAAGCAAGACUCCCAGAGAGGCAGCAAAUUCUGGACUGAACCAAAGAUCAGGAGACCAGAACUCCCAAAUUCUAAUGUUGCUCUAGCACUGAUGUGCUGUGGUGCCUUGGCCAAGUCAAUUAACCUCAGACUCCCCUUCUGUAAAAUGGGGAUAAUAAUACUUCUUUACCUCCCAAAGGCUUCUGUUGUUAACCUCAGUACAGUGUGUUGAUUGUGCAAAGUGUUGUAUGUGGUACAUGGUCACGGUUCUUAUGGUAUGGCUGAGGACACUAAUUGUCCAGACCCAAAUUUUGGCUGGGUCUUUCUGAUGAUAUUGUAGCUUAGCCCCUACUCCCAAAAGUGGGGCCUCAUCAUUGGAACACACACAUACAGUGCAGAAGAGGAGGAGAAAAUCAGUGGAAGAGGGACAAAGAUAAUUGUGCACUCUGUAGGGAUGGGGCAGAGGGGGAAGGGCAUGAAGAGAGGCAUUUGGGGUUAGGAGAGAUUCACCAGUGUGUCACUAACGCUGUUGUGAAUCAAGUCCAUAGCGUCUAUAAAUGAAAAUGAGUUGAGAGAGAGGCUGCUAGGUCACAAAUUGCUGUUAAAAAGGCAGUUGGGCUUCGGGGGGAUAAAGAUAUAUGGACAAGGAGAGCAAAUAGUCCAGGUACUAUGUAAAAAGCUGGUGGCAAAUAUAAUGCAGAAAGAGUAUUUAUAAUUUUCCUACUCUUUCCUUUUAUCCUCUUACUAAGAACUUUUUUUCAGAGCAGAACACGUUGCGCAGACCCCUGCUACCAGCCAAAGAAUUUUUUUAACAAUGUUUUUAAUUACAUGUACCAUUAAUGAGCCAUACUGUGAGAGCAAUGAGCGUCUCCGGCUUGUGCACUAAUAGGCUACUGGUGCGCUUCUUGGCUGGUUGAAGCAUUCAGCCUUGUUCUUCACAAUGUGCAGGAGAAAUUUCCAAAGGCACAAAGGGAGUCACGCCCCCAACUUCCAAUGCUUUGGGUGCCUAGUGCCCCUUUGUAAAUCUCAAAUGGCACGACUUUGAACUGUGAACAACAUAAUCUGUGGAUCUCUUAUUCACUGCUGCAUUUCGGUUUCUUUAUAGCAUUCUUUGGCUGAAAUCCCCACCCCUUUACCUGUAUCAUAUCUACUGCAUUCAUGAGUUAAAGGGAACACUGCCAACUAGUGCAGGCUCCAAUUUCUGUUUUGUCCUAGGGUUUUUUGGUUGGGGUUGGGGAUGCAGAAAGUGUUUAUAAAAGUUAAUGUGGAGAGAAAUAUUUUUGAGACUUUUUAAAGUCAAUAAAAACCAGCUGAAUUUGAAAGGUUAAGCCUUCCCUGUCACUGUUGGAAACCCAAAGACAGCAGCACUUUGCUGGUGCCUGAGAACCAUGAAGUGAAAAUGACUGAAAGAGAAAAUAAGUAAUCCAGCCUGUUUUGCUGUUGGAGCUGAAAUUGAAAUAGCAUAAUUGAUUUAAGUCAGUUUUAUUUUUAAGAUUCUUUUCAUUUUAAUAAGACUAAGUAGUGUUACUAAUACUCCUAAAAGCUUUAUUUUAAUAUUUUUAUUUUGCCUAUCCCAUUACAUAGUUUUCAUGCUAUCUGGCUUCAUAGCUAACGUGUGUGCUAAAUAGUUAUCUUGGAGUGUGACCCACAGUGUUCUCUUCAAGCAUCCAGUGUUUUUCUAAUGAUUUUUUUGGUCUUUAUAUCCCUAAGUCCUGUGAACCAGGGGCAGGAUACCAGUGUCUGUGUUUGGGAUAAUUUUGCUUAUUAAUGAUCGGAAACUAAAACAUUGAGUGAUAUUUUUGCUUCCCCUACAAAUGUUUUUGAGACUUCAUUUGGUUAUGGGGUGCAGCAUGAAUUUAGAUGCACUGAUUUAGGGUUUUCCUCAUCCCUUUCUCACCUCAGUUUCAUAUUAGGUAUUGGCACCUGGUAUCUUUAAAAAAAAUCAUAUUUGGGUCUGUGCAAAGAUCUGCUCAUGUGUAGUUAGUUUUCUCUGCUGGCUGAGCAAAGGCAAGUGCUCCUUUAGGCAGGGGAUCAGUUAGCUAGUGUGUGUGUGCACCACUGCACUCUAUUGGAUAGAAUAUCAAACCUGCUUAUCAGUCCUGCUGGCUGUGCCCUUGAACUGCUCCCUAGGCAGAAGGUGAGGACUUCUGUUCCCUGAUAUUGCAGUUGAGUUGGUUAAUGGACCAUUCUGUCUUUGUAUCUUCAGGCACAGAUCAUUACAGGGCAAGGGAGACACGUCAUUGCCUGCCAGCACAGUGUCCCCUGCAAAAAUUUGAGACACAGCUUUUAGCCAAACUUUUUUCUCCCAAUCAUUUAGGUUGGGGCUGCUUAUUCUUUUACCCCUCCCCCCCCCCCUUUCAUUAUUCUUAAACAGUGAAAAUCUCUGAACAGAACAGAAUUUCUAGCAAAAGAGGAUUGAAUAUUUUAAAGUUUGAUGGCUGUCCCUCUGAAGUUAUUCAAGAUGCUAUCUUUUGCAAUAAAUCUUUGGUACAAUAUGAAAAGCUCUUUCUGUCAUAUAUGGGAGGAAAAUGCUUGAUAACAUUUCAGUAAUAGAGGGAGGCUAGUGGUUCUGGUAUAUUUUUCACGAGCUCUGCCAAAGAUUGGGUCUGAUCCUGCCAAAGUAAUAAUUGAAAUUAUUGUACUCUUCUGAGGAAGGGUUUUCAUCUCUAGACCUGUUUGCUUUAUAGCUUUAUUUACCUACACUUUGUUGUUAAAAAAAUCCAACCACUAUGAUGUUUACCACUUGGUUCAAAUUGAGACAGGGCUGAUAAUAACCAAAAUACGUCAUCUGGUGGACCCAUGUGAAUUUAGGGUUGCAGACUAUUUCCCAGUGGUAUACUUGUUCCCAGUCAAUUGCAGUGUUUUUUGUGAUGUUUUAGUGGAGAAGCCAAAGGUUCAAAUAGCCAUGGAGAUUGACCUGCCUGCUCACCCAUACAGGUGGCAUCUCCAGAUGAGUAACAUGAGGUGAUGGUCGGAAGCUUGCACCUAUGGUGUACUUGGUCUGUGGAUUAAGUGGAGAUGAGUCUCCAGUGCUGCUAAUCUAGCAUCUUUCGCCAGCACCAAAUUCACUUGUAAAGUCUGCACAAUUUAACAAAGAACACUAAAAACAACUUGUAGAAUGUUUCUCCCUAGUUACCUUGAAGUGUUUAAGUACUUUAAGUAGAUAUUGUAUUUUUUUAAAGAAGGCAGUUUUGCAUGGCCUUUAUUUUAUAUAAAAACAGUAUAUUAUUGUGCAUUUAAUUGUUAACAUUUGUAUUUUAAGCCAGUAAUGCUAAAUAAACAGGUUUUGAAUUCA